GGUCGGAGUGGGUGGGCUCGAACGUCGAGGUAGAAGGAGGGGCUCUCCCAGAGCAACGGCCCGAGGAGCGGCCCCUGCGUUCUUCCCUCGGGAACUCCAGCGUUGCUGUCCUGGGGUGGCUGAGUUCCCCACCGCCUCGGAAUCUCGGCUGCCGCCCACCUGGGACCUGGCCCGGAAGAGGAUGGACACAGACCGGCCAAGAGGCCAGAUAGGUCCCAGGGACAGGGGAGCGAGGGGCCUAUACGUAGAGAGAACGUAUUGCCACGUCUGAAAAUAGGGAAAGGACAUUGAAAGAGAAGCCUUUGAUAGAAGCGCCUGUGCCGUCUGGGACCACAGGCCCGUCUGAAUCUGACCAGAAGUCUGAUGGCAGUACUCACAGUAGGCAGUCUUGCAUAUACACAAGAUGGAACUAGUCUUAAGGGCCUUCCUACCAGAUUGAAUUGGGAUAGUCAUGGAAAGAAUAAUCUUCCAGAAUUAAGUAGGUAAUACUCAUCUUGGCCCUGGAAAGACAGGAAGAAGCUUUUGAAACAUAAAGCUUAAAUGGGGUUUGACCUCAGCUGGGCAGCUCCCAGCUAUAGGAGUUCCCCUGCUGAGCAGAGAAGAUGACUGCAGAAUUGAGAGAAGAAGCCAUGGCAGUACCCCCAUGGGGCCCAGUGAAGGUGAAAAAGGAGGAGGAGGAAGAAGAAAACUUCCCAGGUCAGGCAUCCAGCCAACAAGUGCACUCUGAGAACAUCGAAGUCUGGGCCCGGGGGGAGGGUCUUCAAACAGGACUUGAGGGAUCAGAAGAGGAAGAAAAGGGUCAGAACAUAUUCUGGGACAUGGCGGUAGUCCUGAAAGCAACUCAGGAGGCACCUGCUGCUUCACCCCUUGGCAGCUACUCAUUACCGGCGACUCUGGCCAAGAGUGAGAUACUGGAGACUCAUGGGACCAUGAGCUUUCUAGGUGCUGAAACCAAGAACCUACAGUUACUGGUUCCAAAAACUGAGAUAUGUGAGGAAGCUGAAAAACCCCUCAUGUUAUCAGGAAGAAUUCAGAAAGCUGAUCCUCAAAGACCUGAGUUAGAAGAAGCUUGCGAAAAAGGAAGCAUGUUAAAGAGACAGAGAAUAAAGAGGGAAAAGAAAGAUUUCAGACAAAUGAUAGUGAAUGACUGUCACUUACCUAAAAGCUUCAAAGAAGAGGAAGAUCAGAAAUGUAAGAAAUCUGGGGGAAAAUACAGCCUUAAUUCUGGCACUGUUAAAAAUCCAAAAACCCAGCUUGGGCAAAAACCUUUUACGUGUAGCGUGUGUGGGAAAGGAUUUAGUCAGAGUGCAAACCUCGUUGUGCAUCAGCGAAUCCACACUGGGGAGAAACCCUUUGAAUGUCAUGAAUGUGGGAAGGCCUUCAUUCAGAGUGCAAAUCUUGUUGUGCAUCAGAGAAUCCACACUGGACAGAAACCUUAUGUUUGCUCAAAAUGUGGAAAAGCCUUCACUCAGAGUUCAAAUCUGACUGUACAUCAAAAAAUCCACUCCUUAGAAAAAACUUUUAAGUGCAGUGAAUGUGAGAAAGCCUUUAGUUAUAGCUCACAACUUGCUCGGCACCAGAAAGUCCACAUUACAGAAAAAUGCUAUGAAUGUAAUGAGUGUGGGAAAACGUUUACUAGGAGCUCAAACCUCAUUGUCCACCAGAGGAUCCACACUGGAGAGAAGCCCUUUGCCUGUAAUCAUUGUGGCAAAGCCUUUACCCAGAGUGCAAAUCUUAUUGUGCAUCAGCGAAGCCAUACUGGUGAGAAGCCAUAUGAGUGUAAAGAGUGUGGGAAAGCCUUUAGUUGUUUUUCACACCUUAUUGUGCACCAGAGAAUUCACACUGCAGAGAAACCUUACGACUGCAGCGAAUGUGGGAAAGCCUUUAGUCAGCUCUCUUGCCUUAUUGUCCACCAGAGAAUUCACAGUGGAGAUCUUCCUUAUGUGUGUAAUGAAUGUGGGAAGGCCUUCACAUGUAGCUCGUACCUACUUAUUCAUCAGAGAAUCCAUAAUGGAGAAAAACCUUACACGUGUAAUGAAUGUGGGAAGGCCUUCAGACAGAGGUCAAGCCUCACUGUGCACCAGAGAAUCCACACUGGGGAGAAGCCCUACAAAUGUGAGAAGUGUGGUGCAGCUUUCAUUUCUAACUCACACCUCAUGCGACACCACAGAACCCAUCUUGUUGAAUAACAAGGAAUAAAGGGGAAGACGAGCAUUGGUCAUAACCUUCUGCCUCCAAAUGAGACCCCUCUUUGCUGUUUCUUCCUCCUUUAUAAAAGUGAGGCCUAUGUCCUUAAAAGUUACAGUUUUCAGGAGUGCAGCACAAAACACAAGAUAAGCAUUUCAGAGGAUAAUUUAAAGAAAACAAAAGGAAGCACCUAAAGGCAAGGACUUUGUUUUAACUGUACCUUAAGCGGUCAUGUUUUCUGAAAUGGAAUGUGGCUUUCUUAGGAAUAGGUCAUACACAGCUAAGUGGUAAUGAUGCUGUUUGGGGAAGGCCUUUUUUGCUUAAUUUUGUUUUUUAAAACUCUGAUUGUUCCUUGAGCAACAAACAGGCGGUUAUCUGCCUGUUUGAAUUCUGGUUGAACUGUGUAUUCUGGUAUUUCUGGUUAAGUGGUGACUAGGUAAGGAAUCUACUUGGGUUAGCAAUUCAGCAGUUCAUUUAUGAACAUUUAUAAGCUUUCCAUUUCCUAGGUAAUUUUUAAAAAGCCAGUCAAAAAAACUGUCUACUGUACCUAAAAUGGACAGAAAAAGGAAAUGGCCCUUUUCCUUACUGUCUAUACCUCCUGAACCUUGGUAUUGUAAAGCUCUGGGGACCUCUGAGUCUGUUCUGACCAUUUCCUAGUCUGCAUGGCCAAGCACUCAAGGAUUGAUGGACACCACACACCAGCUAUGUAUUUGCUAAGGUCGACAGCUCCUUCUCCAAACUACUCAUACCCCUAAUUCCGAUCGCAUUCCAUUUGGGUGAGAUGCAAUUAGCAGCCCCCUUCCUGGAUAAAGGAGUCAAAGAAUAAAGCUUGCCUAGAGGCAUGCCCCAGUUGUCUCUGCUGUCAUUCUGCUCAAGUCCAGCCAGGGGUCUCAGUUUAGGUUUCGUUCUCACAUUCUGGAUGGUGUUUAGAAGAAAUGACAGAGCUCUUCUCAUUCUGAGAGGACCAAAGAGGGAAAGUGAAGGGAGAGGGGAGGUGGAAGUAAGAUUCCUAAGGUCUUAAUUUGUUUUUUUGAGAAGUUCAGAGGAACUGGAAUAUGAAAACUUUUAGAAGGAUGAAGAAACUGGCCAAGGUAAGAUAUCUUUGUUACCAUUGAGCCUUUACUCCUGGAAAAUGAUUUAUAAAACUAUGCAAUAGGCAGCGUUAUGUAAUCAUAUUGUCUUGUAUUUAUAUAGAACUUGUAUUCUUUAUUGUAUGUGUACCUUCCUGUAUUGAUCACGAUACAUGGCACAUAUUUCACACUUUCACAUAGGUCACUACCUUGGUCCUUACAACACUGAAAGAGGUGGUUGCCCGUUUACCUGAGAAUGGUAAUUUAGUGCAAGGCCAAGGAACAAGUGACAGCCUUAUAUCCAAGUCCAGGGCCUGAAUCCUGUGUGUCUGUUCUGACUUGCCACUUGCCUAACCACCUGGAAUUCCCAUGCAGACCUGUGGGGGAGACAAAGUAUGUUGUAUCAUUUUUCAGGUGAGGAUGCUGAUGUGAAAGAUUUUGGGGUGUGCUUUAGGCACUGUGACCAGAGCAGCAGCAACCCUAAGACUAGAAUUUGGUUCUCCUGAUUUCUGGCUCUGUCCCUCCACCCUGUUCUAAUGACUUAGGGCAUGCAAGAGCAUUUAUCAUAAAUGCUGAGCCUGAUGCAGCUCUCAUGCAGAAGUCCCAUGGAUUCAUUAUCACAUUUCUACAAGACCAAAUAUUAAUCACAUAGUGUUUUCUAGUUUACAGAUAAUUUUUUUUUUUAGAUGGAGUCUUGCUUGCUCUGUUGCUUAGGCUGGAGUGCAGUGGCACGAUCUUGGCUCACUGCAACCUCUGCCUCCCAGGUUCAAGUAAUUCUGCCUCGGUCUCUGGAGUAGCUGAGACUACAGGUGUGUGCCACAACACCUGGCUAAUUUUUUUGUAUUUUUAGUAAAGAUGAGGUUGUAGUAUGUUGACCGGGCUGGUCUUGAACUCCUGACCUCAGGUGAUCCACCUGCCUCGGCCUCCCAGAGUGCCAGGAUUACAGGUGUGAGCCAGCAUGCCUAGCCUACAGUGCACUUUCACAUACAGAAGGCAUACCCAAGAAAGCUUAUUAAUUUCCUCUUUUUCUUCCUUCCUCUAGUUUUUUUGUCAAAACAUAUGCAACUUAUUUUCCCAGUUUCACUCUAAAUCAUAGAGACAGAAAUACAGGAAGUCAAAAGUAUUCAAAAGUAGGAUCAAAUACUCAUGCCCUAACCGAUCCUAACAGUGACUGUUCAGUCUCCCUGAUGGAAUGGGAAGACCUAAAGAUAACACCAUGUGUCUCUGCUGAGAGUAGGAACAAGUUAAUUUUUUUCCCCAGACUUAUCGGGAGGCUAAGACUAGCAGGAGAGCAUGUCUGAAGAUUUGGGUAACUGUGACUUUGACCCACCAAGAAACCAAAGCUGCUUUGCUGAAAGAAUAGUAGCUGGGAUUUAUGACCAUUAAGAUAGUUAAACCAUUCUAGUAUCACAUAUGUUUAUCCUCAUAAUUGAAUAUUCAGUUAUGGAUGAUUGUGAUUUUCAUUUAUAGGUAGUUCAGAAAAGCUACCUAGUUGAUUAUGAUGCAAAACUAGGUUUGAGAUUCACUGACCCAACCUUGCAGUAAAGUAGUAGUUUUAAACCUUGGCUUCACGUUAAAAUCACCUUGGAUGCUUUUUUAAAAUUUACAUUUCUAGACCUCAGUAUUUUUUAAAACUCUGGAGAGGAUUACAAUGUACAGCAAAGGUUAUGAACUACUGUAGCAAAAAGUAAAGGCUACAGGCCAAGAAUGUGUGUGAUCAAAGGUGGAGGAGGUGGGGGUGCUCCAGUAAAAAGAUCUGUAUGUGCAAAGCAUUCUAUGUAUUUUCAGCAAAACAGGACACUUUACACUGACUGGACUAGGUGUCCAUUAGUGCCUCUGCCAACCAUUGGAUGUUAGUUAGAGGAUUCUGCCACUUAACUUAUUUGUAUUUAAGUGAAUAUACCAGACAUUUUAUUUAUAUGAGCAAACCAAGUUUUACACAACAUACUUUCGGUACGUAUUAUGACUUUUUACAUUUCUACUUGGAUUUCAUCUCUAGGUCUGAGUUCCCACAAACCUGCAUCCAGGUUCAGGGCCUUUGAUUCUGCACAAAUCAUGUGAACCAAGCGGAUUGAUUACUAGAUGGAUCAGAUCCUUCCCCAGCUAAUAAUUCUCCAUCUUAAUUCCAGCCCUCAAAAUAAAUUGCAGCCUGCCAUUUUCUUUAUGGUUUACAAUAAGGGAGGAGUGACCACCUUUUGUCAGUUUGCUUAGGUUCCUAUUCUUUGGGCUCAUCUCCCAUCUCUUUUCGGUAGUCUUGCCAGAAGUGGUUGGGAAUUCUGAAGCCCCAUUUUCCCAAGUUGCUGAGAGCUAUCAGACCUAGCUGUCCAGAAAAGGGCUCUGUUCCAGGCCUAGUGAUUGUGGUUAAGAGUAGAGCCAGAAAUUCUGUCCUCAUCCUCAAAUGAGACCAACAGAUAUGUAUUAAGUGGAGCACAGUGAUGCAAAACUGAUGGUGAAAUCAUGUACAGUACUCUGGAAGAGCAGGAGAAAGGCUUCAAUUCCUAACACACACGAAGUUACGGACUCAAACACAGCCAUUAAUUCCUCCAGGCUUAUGAAGAGGUGUCUUUGGACAAAGCUAAUUCUUCAUCUGCUCUGGAUCCCCUCCCUUAGGUAGUGGUCCUUCUCCCACAUCUGUCACCUCUCCACUUGCUCUUCCAGUGUAGGCAAUGCAACCUUUCUGGGGUUGCAGCCCCUUUGGGAAUCCAGUGGAGAUUGUGGAUCCUCUUCCCCCAAGAAAUGUAUGUUGCACAUUAAAUCGUGGUCGCUUAGAGGUCAUGCAGGCUCCUUGAAGCCAAUACGUAAAUCUAGGGCCUUAAGCCUAAUCUGGGGAUGCAUUACAUAAUUACCAGUGACUUUUUUUUUUAAGGAGGUUAGGAUAUAAUCUCUUAAGAGUAUUGUCCAGACACAUAACCUUUAAAAUUUGUUUUUCUCUUGGAUUCCUUCCCUCAUCAAAUGAGGGCACCCACUACAUUAUCCCCACUACCUGGGGCACCCAGAUUGAAUGCCCAGAAGGCAUUUCUGCCUUCCUGAGCAUCACUCAUUGAUUAGAAAAGUAUUUUGUGUUUACUUUGUGGUGAACAUCAUGCUAGAUUCUAGAGUGCCAAAGCAAAUGUGGUCUGCUGGCCCUGUUAUGUCUGUUGUGGGGAAAAUAUCAGGAUGCCUAACAUGGUUUACUGAACUCUUAAUCUCUUUCUAGGCUCAUCUCUUCACUUUCAGGCACCUUUUACUGUGGCCUAGAGGCAAGUGCUUGGUCUCCUCUGUGCCUUUGCUCACACUUUUCUUACUUCCUGUAAUACCUCAUCACUACUUCCCACUCAAUCCCCUUCUACUUUUGCAAGCUUAAGUUUCUUGUAAUAUUUGGUUCAAGUUCCAUCUCCGGGAAACCCCUGACUACCUUAUGGCCAAAGGCGUAUUCAGAAGUAUAUUAAUUAAUACAUGUAUACAAGUGUACACGCUGUGUAUCCAGAGGUUUACUUUUUUGCUUUAAAGUGAAAAAUUUGGAUUAAAAAUUGUGUAUAUAAUACAGUUCUCAUAUACUAUUGCAGUGAUAUAUACUAUUAAGAAGUAGAUAGAUAAAUUACCUCAAGGAAAUUAGAAAAUAUAAGUGGUUAAAUGACUUACAGCCAUGCAGAUGGCUAAUUACAGGCUUAGAUUCAAACCACUAUACUCUGGAUAAUAGGAUUAUGGGUUAUUAAAAGGGUUUCUUUUUUAGUAAUUACUGUAUUUCUAUAAAGAGCAAGAGUUUUGUUAAAGAAUAAAUUAUAUUUACAUACCUAAUUUAUUAACUAUAAACCAUAUCUCAAUUCCCCAUUUUGCAGUAUGUUGGAGGAACCCUUCCCUUUCUUUCUCCUUUCCUUUUCCACAUCAUUGUCUCUUUCAUUCUCAAGUCUGAUAAUUCUUAAAUUCUAUUCUGUAACCAGUUAGGAUUUUAUGCUUUGUUUAUUGAUUUAUUUCAACAGUUGUAAGUAAACAGCAUCAACAGUAUUAUGACCAUGUGAAUAUUGUUGACUGCAGAUCUUAGCUUACAGUGUUUAUAUUUCCUUUUGGGAUCAGCUUUUUUUAACUGAAGUUUCUAGUUGCCUUUUUUUUCACCUUGUACUGGUUGCUUUCAGCACACUCUCAGUCAUUUUCAAAUUUUCCAUCCAAUUAAGUACUCUGUUGAGUUCCCUUCUUUUCUCUCUGUGUAGUCCGCUUUUGGCCUCCUGCUCCAGUCUUUGAUGCCCUUUCUGCCUGUUCUGUUGUUACGAAGUUUCUAGUUGCCUUUCUUUUCACCUUGUACUGGUUGCUUUCAGCACACUCUCAGUCAUUUUCAAAUUUUCCAUCCAAUUAAGUACUCUGUUGAGUUCCCUUCUUUUCUCUCUGUAUAGUCCUCUUUUGGCCUCCUGCUCCAGUCUUUGAUGCCCUUUCUGCCUGUUCUGUUGUUACACUGGACUCACUGUUUUCUGGAUUUUGUGUCUCCCUCUUUCUUUGUUUACUUCAUCAUUCUGCUAUAGCGCAUGUCAAGUCUCCUGUCAGGAAAGAGUAUAUGGAAGGCAAAGUUGUUGAGUGUUUGUACAUCUCUCUCUGAUCUCACACUUGAUUGGUAGUUUGACUGGCUCUGGAAUUCUAGGUUGAAAAAUUUCCCUAGAAGUUUGUAGCCAUUGCUUCACCAGCUUAAAGCAUCUACUGCUGCUAAUGAGAGGCCUGAUUCCAAUCUGAUUAUUAUUUAUUUGACAAUCAAUAAAUAGUAUGUACAUUACAAUGAUCUGUUUUCCCACUCCUCUGCCUGGAAGCUUUUAAAGUCUGUUCUUUAUCUUUUAUGUAUUCAAUUUCCUAAUCCUCAGUGGAAUUUUUCGAUCUAGAGACUCAGGUACUCCUACUCUUGGAAAUUUUCUCAUUAUUUAUAUGACUAUUCCCCAUUUCCAUGUGUUUUUUUCCCCUCUGUUUUUGCUCUUUAUGGAGUUCCUGCUAAUCAAAUGUUGGACCUUGUAGAUAGAUCCUUAGCUGCAUUCUUUAUUUCCAUUUCUUUAUCUUCUGCCACUAUGGGAAGAGUACCUUGAUUAUUUUCUAAUGAAUAAUUAAAGUGUCUUCUGUUACAUUAAUAAGAUUAUUUUCUCAGAAAUUAUAGAAAAUAAUCAUAAUAAUAUUAACAGUAACUGGUUUAAUUUCUAAGAGCCUUUUCUUAAAAGUGUCUUCUGUUACAUGAAUUAUCUUAUUCCCUUCAUGCCCCUGCCACUGGGUCCUUUUUUCCCUCUGUUUACCUUGUUUACUCUCAUUAGAGACUUUCCUCAAAAGUGUUGUGAUUCUUACUGACACACACCUAUAUACAUGUGUGUGCUCAUGAAUGUGUCUGAAUUAAAAGUCUAAUUGAGACCUCUGUGUGUAGGAGUGAGAUUUGCUCACUUUUUCCCUGGAGACCCCUAAAGGCCAGAAUACAGAAUGUUUUGCCUUGGGCUCUUACAUUUAAUUAGCAAAAAUCCUCUGACAUUUUUGUCUGGGGUUUAAAUGCUAUUAAAUGGUUUUCUGGAAAUGGGAGGGAAAGCAGUCAAGUGUUAUUACAGACUUCCAGUUAAUGCGCUAUUUUUAGCUCCACUUCUGCCUCCUACCCUUCAUUGUACCUGGGGUUUCAAAAUUCCAAGUCUCUGGGGUUGGGCAGGGUGGGUCAGCGACUUCUUCCAUUGGAUGGCCCUCAGCAAGAGUUCAAACUGUUACUCCCUCCUCCCAGCUUUCUCAGUUACCACAUCAUUCAUUUUCCAUCUUCUGGAAAUUUAUUCCUUUUAUCUCAUUGUUACACAUUUUAACCAUUUUUAUCUGUUGUUAUUUUAGGGGAAGGUUAAACCAUUUUUAAAAGAAUGUUAAACCAUUUUUAAAAGAAUGUUGUUAUCCUUUGAUACAGCAGUACCACUUUUAGAAAGCUAUCUUAAGAAUGAGUAUUUGUACAAUGAUUUAUAAACAUGUCAGUAUUACUCGUUCACAAAAAAUAAGUGACUAACCUAAGUAACAAUAGGGGAAUGAUUAAAUUAUAAUACUGUGGAAUAUUGUGCAACCACUAAAGGUCAUAAUUAAAGGAAUAGUGGUAUGAUAAAAUGCACUUAGUAAUAUUAAAUAAAUAAUGCAAAGCACAAAAUAAACACUGUACAGAGAGCACAUUUUUCUAAGAUGUACAUGCAUAGAAAAGUCUGGAAAGAAAUUGGGGGUUAACUGCGGUUGAAUUUUCUGCAUUGUCUACAUUUUCUAUGAUGAGACUGAAUUACUUUUAUGAUCUGGAGGAGAAAGAAAGAUCAUGGCUUGUUCAAAGUGAUGAGACUUUCUUGUGAAGGGCGGAAUGGGUAGUAGGGAAUAACAGAAUAAGGAUCUGGAGAAAAAAGUCCUUAUUUUUAUCCAUUGUUAGCAUUUUAUGGUUAACAAGACCAAAUAGCAGAUGAAGGAGUUCAGCAGAGGAAUAUAUAUUUGUGACAUUGUACUGGCUGGAGUGUGGAGGCUGAGCUGGUGAGGGGAGAAAGGCAUCCUGAAGACCAUAUUGGCAGCUUUUUUUUUAAGAGCCUAAGAGAGACUGUGGGAUUCUAACCCAGCCACUAGAAGGGGGCCAGAGGAGAAGGAAUAAAUGUAAUGUUUUGAAGAUAAAAUGAGCAAACUUUAAAGGACACAGAAGAUCAAGCAGCAAAUUCCCAAGCCAGAAGGCUGGGCUUCUGUAUCCUGCCUGGUGAGACCUAUGAUGAGAUAAAUGGGGCCAGGCCCAGGUCUGAGAGGUACUGCUUUUCUUGAAGUCUCUGGAGUAACCCUGUCUUCACAGUGGCUAAUGCCUCGCUGAUGUUGGGAAGGGCAGGAGACAAGGGAGGAGACAACCCAAGUCCUAGCAGGCCACUUGGCUAUCCCAGGAUACCUUGACACUGACUAGGUUCCCCAUUUGUGCCAUGUGUGGUUUUCCAGGAUGCCUGUGAUCUCUGGUGUUUUCCCUCCAAGAUUAGGGUUCCCACAAGGCAAGUCCCCCUACUGAACUAAUAGCAAGGUUGUAAUCAUCACUACUGUUAGUUGAGGGGUUCCUGUGUGCCAGGCACCAUACUAAAUGCCAACGUGUUUUAACAUCAUUAAUCCUCACCUGAGGAGGGAAGUUCUCCUAUCCCCAUUUGCAAAGUCAGUAGUCCCAGUCAGGAUUAGAACACCUCUGAUGUACAAGUCUGUGCCACUUUCUCCCACGUACCUUCUCCGUGCACCCCCAGGAGCUCCUCUCCAUGUGUAAAAGUUGUUUGUUAAAUUGAAAGAGCAGUGCUUGCCUGUAGUAAAAAGGUCAGUGGUACAAAAGCAUACAAAGAGUAAGACUCCCUCCCAGUCCACACAACCAGUCUUCUUCCCCAGUGGUAGCUACUGUUAAAUUUCUUGAGGAUCUUUCCUCAAGAUAGUCCCGGCAUUUACAAUCUUAAAUAUCCCACUUAAAAACACACACACACACACAAAAUGAGAGCUUAUGAUACACAGUCUGCACCUUGCUUUUUUCAGUGUCUUGGAGGUGGCUUUAUAUUAGCCUGUAAGAUCUACCUCAUUCCUUUUUCACUGCUUUGUGAUAUUCCAUUGUGUGAAUGCACCAUAAUUCAUACAGUACCCCUGUUGGUGGGCCUCUAGGUUCUUUUCUGCCUUUUGCUAUUACAAAUAAUACUGUGCCAAAUAUCCCUGCACACUGUCCUUGGAUAAACUGAUGAAAUUAAAUGGUAGGUGCAUUUCAUAUUUUGAUAGAAAUUGGAAAUGUAGUUACCAAUGUGUGUAUGAAAAUGCCCAUUCCCCUGAAGCCUCUGUGAAACUCUUGUGUUGUUUCUGAUCUCAUAAUGAAAAAUGCUCUCAUAUUUUAAUUUACAUUUAAUUAUGAGCGAAACUGGGUAUCACAUCUCAUAUUUAAAAGCCCAUGUGUAUUUCUUUUCUGUGACUUGCUUACUUGUGUUCUGUAGCAGUUUUUCUGUUGAUCCUUUUAAUAAUCCAUUUGUACAAACUAUAAAGAAAUUAUCCUUAUCUGC